GAUACGAUUAAACCGGGUCUACCAAAUGUAUUCGGGUCCGUCAAUAUACUGUUUUGUUGUUAUUAUCACUGUCUUUCAGCCCCUUCGUUUUCUGUUACCGUGGAAGGAAGGAGCGACAGAUAGGAAGAGAAUGGCAAGCGAGGAAGAGAGCGCAGUGAAGGAGCCUUUGGAUCUGAUAAGGCUCAGCCUCGACGAGCGUAUUUACGUCAAGCUCCGUUCUGACCGCGAACUCCGUGGCAAGCUACAUGCUUAUGAUCAGCAUUUGAAUAUGAUUCUAGGGGAUGUUGAAGAGAUUGUUACAACAGUUGAAAUAGAUGACGAAACCUAUGAAGAGAUAGUUCGGGCUACAAGGCGCAUGGUUCCAUUUCUCUUUGUCAGAGGAGACGGAGUCAUACUGGUUUCUCCACCUCUACGGACUGCCUGAUGAGGAGAAUGAAGUUUCUAGCUCACUUUCUGGGAAGGAAUCACCUUUUGUCAAGUUUACUUCUAAGACCCUCUAAAGGAUUAUUGUUACAUGUUAAGGAACUGUGGAAUAUUUGCACAUUUUGAGAUCAUUAAGCAAUAGACUUUGUUGACAUCUUUGUAUGAUGAAAAAGGGAUAAUGGACCAACGCUUUUCAUUGUCUGCUUAAGUUGAUAAUGUAGACCAUUUGGACAUGGAAUGCCAGUUUUUAGUAGGCAAGGCUACUCGCCAUGACUGAUGAUGGGGAUGAACGAAUGAAAUGGUUUUAACCAUAGAUUAUACUUCAUUUCAAGGUUGAUACUUGACCUGUUUUAUGCAUUUUUUUUACCUGGACAAUUGUAGUGACGGUACUGUGU